AUGAAAUCAAAUCUGAAGAGCAAAUUGAGGUUGUUUGGUACAGAAGUGGGUCCAACGGGGGGAAAAGAGCAAAUAGAGGCACAUGUGGGGGUGGAAGAUGUGGAUAGAAAAAAGCGUUUCACUAUCUCACUCAUAGCAAAAGGCAUCUUAAUCAUUGUCCCUUUUUGGACCAAGUCCAAUACUCCACGUUCUUCCUUCCCUAUUCCUCAGUCAGUGUUCCCUUUCUCCAAAUAUAAAAUAGAUGUUUUGUUGGAAGUAAUGAGCCCCAUCAUUAAUGUCUCCCACUCCACUCUAGUUUUAGCUUCUGUUUUCUUUUCUCCUAUUCCCUAUUCAUUGAGCCUUCGUCGAUUAAUGCAGUAUAGUUAUUACUUUUCAUUACAGAGUUCUAAAUGGGGAAGGAUUAUAGGUGCGAGUCGUGCUCCAACCAGUCAGUCUGAACUCUACUCCAGAGUUGGAUGUGAUGUUGGUUCAACUGAGAAGAUGAGCACUGACAAGGUUCCAUCAUCAUCCUCGGAUCCACAACCGGUGUCAGACCCGCUAGACUUUGAAAGCCAUCAUCAGUUAGAAGUUAACAGUUCUGAGGAAUCGCAAAAAUUCCAGUCAUGUGAUAUGUCAUUCAGUGAAUACACUCCAUGCCAAGAUCCACGAAGGGGUAGGAAAUUUGAUCGAAACAUGAUGAAGUAUAGAGAGAGACAUUGCCCUAAAAAGGAAGAGUUACUCCGCUGCCUCAUACCUGCUCCACCAAACUACAAGUCUCCUUUCAAAUGGCCACAGAGCCGGGAUUAUACAUGGUAUGCUAACAUCCCCCACAAGGAGCUUAGCAUUGAGAAAGCCAAUCAGAAUUGGAUCCAAGUCAAAGGAGAUCGCUUCAGAUUUCCUGGGGGAGGCACGAUGUUUCCACGUGGUGCUGAUGCUUACGUUGAUGAUAUUAAUGAACUUAUCCCCCUUAAUGAUGGAACCAUUCGAACUGCUGUUGAUACAGGUUGUGGAGUUGCAAGUUGGGGUGCUUACUUGCUAAAGAGGGACAUAAUAGCAAUGUCUUUUGCUCCAAGAGAUACACAUGAAGCACAGGUUUGGUUUGCAUUAGAACGAGGCGUUCCAGCAAUGAUUGGCAUCAUGGGUUCACAGAGACUUCCAUAUCCUGCAAGGGCUUUUGAUAUGGCUCACUGUUCACGGUGCCUCAUCCCGUGGUUCAGCAAUGAUGGAAUGUAUCUGAUUGAAGUAGAUAGGAUUUUGAGGCCAGGUGGUUAUUGGAUACUCUCUGGCCCUCCGAUUCGUUGGAAGAAAUACUGGAGAGGUUGGGAGAGGACCAAAGAAGACUUGAAGCAGGAGCAAGAUUCGAUCGAGGAUGUUGCUAAACGACUCUGUUGGAAGAAAGUGAUUGAAAAAGGAGAUCUUUCUGUGUGGCAAAAACCUUUCAACCACAUCCAGUGUAUCAAGAACAAACAGAUAUAUCGUACACCGCAUAUCUGCAAAUCGGACAAUGCUGAUGCAGCUUGGUACAAGAACAUGGAAAUUUGCAUAACUCCGCUGCCAGAGGUAAGCAGCUCUGAAGAGAUCGCGGGAGGCAAAUUAGAGAAAUGGCCUGAUCGUGCCUUUGCUGUUCCGCCAAGAAUUAGUAGUGGAUCAAUCCCAGGUGUCACUGUUGAGAAAUUCCAACAGGAUAACGAACUGUGGAAGGGUCGUGUGGCACAUUACAAACAUAUUGUUAGUCAAUUACAUCAAGGACAAUAUCGAAAUGUAAUGGACAUGAAUGCUUAUUUUGGUGGAUUCGCUGCAGCCAUGAUGAAAUACCCAGUAUGGGUUAUGAAUGUGGUCCCUGCAAAUUCAGAUGUUGACACAUUAGGAUUGAUAUAUGAGCGUGGUUUCAUUGGUACAUAUCAAGAUUGGUGUGAAGCAUUCUCAACGUAUCCACGAACAUAUGAUCUCAUUCACGCAGGCGGUGUCUUCAGCAUAUAUCAAGACAGGUGUGACAUCACAUACAUUCUCCUCGAGAUGGAUAGAAUCCUACGACCUGAAGGGACUGUUAUGUUCAGAGACGUGGUGGAAGUCUUGGUGAAGAUUAAAAGUAUAACAGACGGAAUGAGAUGGGAAAGUCGAAUCAUGGAUCAUGAAAGUGGACCAUUUAACCCUGAGAAGAUUCUCCUAGCCAAGAAAAGUUAUUGGACCGGUGAAGCUAAAAAACAACGCUAG